UCCAAGAACCGGUUCGUGGGCAGCGCGAGGAGUCCAACGCCGCCGCCGCCGCCGCCGCAGAGACGCCUCCCCCUGCUCCGUCCGUCGAGCGCCUCCAAGAACGGGUCGAUGAGGGACCGGGAGGCGGAGGAGGGAGCACCGCCGCCGCCGCUGCGGCGGCCGCGGCGGCCGACCGGAAGGGCAAGAAGGUCGCGGUUCCUUCCCCGGGGCCUUCCCCGCCAAGCUCGGCAGGAAGCAGCCCCUCCCCCCCGUCCCCCGCCGUCUACGUAUACGGAGGAGAAGGAGCGUCGACGAGCACUGCCGCCGCGGUGGUGGACAGCGCCGGCAGGAGGGUGAGGGUUUCCUGGAGGGAGCCGGUGGUGGAGGGGGUGACGGCGGUGCCGAAGGUGGCGAGGCCUAUCGAUUUGGAGAACGUGUUCGAUACCAUGUUGUUAGAGCAGCGGGCGAUAAUGGAUUUGGACCGGCGAUGGGCCGAGGCAGAGGAAUGGAAGAACCAACAGGUGAAACCACCGACAAUAUGGACUGAGAAAAAGAAAAAGAAGUCGCUCUGGAACAAGGUUCAAAGUGGCAUGAUGAACAAGAUUUUGGAUAUGAUAGAAAGGCGAAUGCGCUUCUCCAAUCAAGAUUCCACAUCAACGGUACCUCAUGUGGCUCAGCAGACAAUCCCCAUGACCAGGGUGGUUCAGCAUUAUGAGGCCCUCGAAUCGGUCACGGGAGGACGAGAAAUAAUUCAUUCGAAUGUGCUGCUCCUUCGUCGUGCCUAUUCACAAUUUAGGCCAGUGUAUGGAGAUGGAGAGUGUUUCUACAGGAGCUUCAUAUUUUCCUACCUCGAGCAAGUUCUUGAUAGGCAGGACACACAUGAGGAACAUCGUCUCCUUGCUGCUGUAAAAGGAGUGGCUACGCAACAUGCUCGCCUGGGAUGGACCUCUGAAUUUUCAAGGAGCCACAAAGCAUUUAAGAAGUUGAUGAAGAAAGUAAUGAGAUGGAAGAGACACCGCAGAUGGAGGCUCGUACCAUCAACUAACAGCUACCGCAAACAGAAACUUCUCGAGUUCUUCAGUGGUUACAGCACGACGGAAAACAUUUUUGCUUUCCUCAGAUUGGUAGCAGCUAUCUGGAUAUGCUCGCACAGUGAAGAGUAUGAACUGAUGAUACCUGAGCUCAGAGAAGAUUGCAAUUUGAAAGAUUGGUGCUUUCGCGAAGUUAUCCGGCAUAAGGUCUUCACGGACCAUGUUCAGAUAACAGCAUUGGUCACCGCGCUUGGGGUGCCCCUCCGAGUGGAGUACCUCUUUCAACGAAGUGGCCUAGACCUCUACACUGGCCAAGACUCCCAAGACGAUAUACCAGCAAGUACAUGUUGGCCACGUCACCGUCAUCUACCACCCCCUGGUCAUGAAGUGCCCCGUGUGACGGUGUUGUACACAAACGGCCACUACGACAUCAUCUACCCCCACCGUCGUGACGGUCCCGUGCCUUCUAUUGAUGAGAGCUGUAGCCAGCAGACUGCCCAGGGAGAGAGCUCGACUGGUGAGAGUUCGAGUCAACAGAUUGCCCGGGGAGAUAGCCGCAGUGGUGAGAGGUCAAGUCAACAGAUCGCCCCAGGUUGAGAACUCCGCUGUUCAGAGUUCAAAUCAGCAGAUUGCCCAGAGUUCAAGUCAACACAAUGUGCAGGGGGAAAGUUAAGUUCGACUGCUGCCUAUGAGUAUGAGCAUAAGAGCAUUGCUGAGUGAAGUGAUAGAUAGAGAACUAUACAUUCAGUGAUGAGAUAGCUAGGCUUAUGCUUGUGGAUUCUUUCUUCUGUUGGCACAAAACUGCUGAUGCCAAUGGACUGAUCAGUAGCUGCUCCCUUGUCUGAAAACUGUGACGAGGAAGAGAACCUUGUGCUGUAGCUAUCAUAUUCUGUUAACUAG